ACAUGCAAUCCCAGUCUUUGCGGAAGGAGGCGGCGGUGCUGCGAGAGCACCAGCUGUUUCCCGCCAUUUACAACCAUCUGAUACACUGAUCAGCUGGAGACUCACACACACACACACAGCGUCCACUACACACACACACACACACCCACAAAAACACAUUUCUUUUUAUUUCCACCGAUUGCUGUGUGCGUGCGGGGCGCUUUCAUAUAUAUAUAUAUAUAUAGACACACACACACACACACAUAGAUAUAUAUACAUAUAUAUAUAUAUAUAUCUCAAAACAUUGCAGGUACAAGAAUGGAGUAUUUCGUGGUGCCCACCCAGAAGGUGACUUCAUUCCAAGAUUUCAGGAAGAGUGAGAAAGAAGUCAUAGGAGGUCUCUGUAGCUUGGCAAAUAUACCCCUUCCCCAGGAGUCCCAGAGAGACCAGGAGAGACGGAUACGGAGAGAAAUCGCCAACAGCAAUGAGCGGCGACGCAUGCAGAGCAUCAAUGCUGGAUUCCAGUCCUUGAAAACAUUGAUUCCCCACACUGAUGGAGAAAAGCUCAGUAAGGCAGCCAUCUUACAGCAAACAGCUGAGUACAUCUUCUCACUGGAACAGGAAAAGACACGGUUAUUGCAGCAGAACUCGCAGCUCAAGCGCUUCAUUCAGGAGUAUAGUGGCUCAUCCCCCAAGAGACGGCGUGCAGAGGAGAAGGAUGAGGGGAUUGGAUCCCCUGACGUCUGGGAGGAUGAGAAAGUAGAGGACCUAAAAAGGGAAAUGAUUGAAUUGCGCCAACAGCUGGAUAAGGAGCGUUCUGUCAGGAUGAUGCUGGAGGAACAGCUGUUGCCCGCGCACAUCUCCCUAGCAUCAACUCAUCAUCCCACAGUCAUUGUGCAGACUCCACCUCCAGCACCUUCGCACCACGUUGCCGUGGUGACCAUGGGAGCAGCCUCCGUGAUUAACACCUCCACUACAUCAAGACAGAACCUAGACACCAUAGUUCAGGCAAUCCAGCACAUUGAAGGGACACAAGACUCACAGGAAGAGGAGAGACGGAGUGCUGUCAUCGUUGAGCCUGUCCGGGUAUGGUCUGAGCUGGCACAGUCUGACACUGAGUCAGACCGGGAGGAGAGCAACCCAGAAAACGCUGCAGCACAGAGCGAGGCUAAGACCCUCACCAAUAGAGCACUCCCUUGACACACAGAGGUGACCAAGCGGGCAUUAUGCCAGACAAACACCCCCUCCCCAAGGCCCCUCCUCCAUCCUGGUGGGGUGUGUGUGUGGAAAUGCACACACAUCAAGGUCUCAUUUGGGCCUUUCCAAUUCUGUACAAUCUCAGCCUAGAGAGGGGGCAACUACAAACGCUGGACUUGCCUGAUAGGACUGCAUGGACCGAGCCUCCAUCCUCCUAAAGAAAUGCUCGACUUUCUGAGAGAUAUUUGGCAUUUUCUUUAUGGACGGAGGUCGGGACAUUUUGAGCACUUAAUUUGUUGCUGUCCAGGAAGCCCCCGCUCCCCCAUGUGAUUGCGCAGCCUUCCCUGUCCUCCUGCAAUUGUAACUCCUCCCCUGCCCUCAGCCACGUAUUUGCUGUAGUUGAUUUUAAACAAUGUUCUUUUGUGUAUUGCUGGUUUUAUCGUCUGCCCUGUAUCUGUGUGACAUCGUUUCAGACAUGGUUUGUCUUCAUGGAGAUACUAUUAUAUUUUGUUAAGAAAGUGGGAAAAAAAAAGGCGUUUGCCUUGCAAAGAAAGAAAUAAAGUUUGUACUUUUGU